GCAGAGGAAGGGUGUGUGUGUGUGGGUGUGGGCGGAGACGAGGAGAGACGCACACUCACCUGGGCGCGACGUGUGACGUACGUGACCCGAUGCAGGUACGCGAACCAGCUGUCGACGAGACCGGGCAGACACCGGCUACAUCCUGGAGCUGAGGAGGAGAAAAGGCAGGUAACUGAAGGUGUGAUUCGGACCAUUUUCUUUCACUGUAGCCGCCGGGAGCUUCCAAUGACAGAGUCCAGGUCGGGCCCUGAAUUCCUCGGGCUGUCUCGCUGUGCCGCCUGCUACAACCAGAAGGCGAGCGCCAUGCCUCGGCGGGGGGGCGACUGGGAGUCCAGCUCUUCGGGCGAAGACUCUUGUCCGGAGGUGGACUCUGAGUCAGAGGCCGAGUCUAGCUCGGACAGCAGCUGCUCCGGGCAUGUCGCCGCGGAAACACCUGAGCGGCGCUCGCCCGUGUGUGGAGAUGCCGCUGAGCCUGAGUCUAGGGGAGAGGAUGGUGACGGACAGGGGGAGACGGGAGAGGCGUCGGAGAGGCUGCAAGACAAAAACGGGACGCAGGGGGCGAUUCGAAGAGCUCCGCUCGUCAGGUCUUUCUCCCCGCCUCCAUCCCUUACUCCUCACCUCACCCCUCUCUCCCUCCUGCCCUGCCCUGCCAAGGUGGUCUCCACCCUCCACCUGCAGGUUCUGCCCGAGGAACACACCAAUGACGCCUUCUUCGCCAUCCGCCGGCACCUGUCUGAGAGAGAGGACGAGAAAACAGAGGAAAGUUGUGCCAGGGGAGGAGCAGGCCACACCAACAACCUGCUGCUUCCACAGCCAUUUCAGUGGCAGCAGAUGGGGUUACCAUGGCAGCAGGUGUCACAACCCACAUUACAGGAAGACCAGUAUUAUUAUCAACAGCAACAACAACAGCAGCAGCAGCAUUGGCAGAUGUCAUAUCAAUACCAGCAACAACCACCUCAACAUUUUCCUCCCCUCACAGCUCAGGGUCAAGUCUUACACCCCCCGACGCUGCACACACCCCUAUGGGCACCAAAUGCACCCCCGGCACAUCUGCAUGCACUCACCCCUCAACCCUGUUGGUACUGCUACCACAUGCACCUUCCUUCCACAUACUAGAGUCGUUACAGUGCUGGACCGGUAACCUAACGAUAGGGAUUAAACAGUGCUACACCGCUGUAUCCGGCCAUUAAACGCGCGAAACAUCCAAUAGAGAGAUCUGAAUACGAGCCUCGGACCUACACCAGACUAAGGCCAACUGUGCAGCAGUUUUAGUCACUUCAGAUGUGUAGAUUCUUAUCCAUCAUCGCUACCAUCAGGGAGGCGUCGGAUCCGUCCCAAAUUCACUCUGCAGCAGGACAAUGGGCCCAAAACACACCGCCAGAGUCAUAAAGAACUGUCUUCAGAGUCAAGGAGUCCUGCAAAAGGUGGUCUGGCCCCCACGGAGCCCACGAUCUCGGCAUCGUGGUGUCACUCUGGGAUCACAUGAAGAGACAGAAGACACGGAGACGGACUAAAGGUCUCCAAGAUGCUUGGAAGAACUUACCUGCCAAAUACCUCGUAAAACCGUGCACAAGUGUACGGAGGAGAAGUGGUGCCGUUUUAAAGGCCAGGGGUGGUCACAGCAAACGCUGGUUUGAUUCAGGCUUUUUCUGUUUACGACACUUUGUCUGAAGUUAAUUGAUGAAUAAAAAGUGUU